UUAAGAUCGUGCAGAAACCAGGACGCGUGCGCGCUCGAGCCUGCAACAGCGCCGCCACGCGCGGCUCGACGCGAAAAGCCGUUUGAGACGAAGCCUGCCCUGCCGGUCACUGCGCAUGCGUGAAGCCUGGACCGCGGCUGCAAAUCUCAGAUUGUUUUAAAAUAUCAACAAAACGACUACAGCGACACCGUGCGGCUCGGUUCAUGCCACUACAGCCGCGUCGUUAAACGUGUUUGAAUGGCUUCGAAUCGAACAAGGCUAAUUAGCGACUUUUUUUUCAAGAUUAACUGAACCUUCAGGGACUGCAUAAAAAUGACUGAACUUAGUAACUUGUAUGCAUGUUUCAAAUACUUGAUGAUGUUCUUCUCUGGAGUCAUUUUUAUUGCGGGCGGUGUGUUGUUAGGACUAGGCCUCUGGAUUAAAUAUGGAGCAGGCUCCUUCAUACAAGUAAUAGGUCCUUUCUCAACACAGUUUAUCAAUAUUGGGUACAUCUGUAUCGGUGUUGGAUCUGUGCUUGUAGUCAUUGGUCUUAUUGGGUGUUGUGGAGCAUGGAAAGAGAACCGAUGCCUUCUUCUGCUAUUCUUUUGCAUCGUUUCAAUUAUAUACAUUGCUGAGGUUGUUGGAGCUGUGCUCAUCUUCAUCUAUAAGGAUAUAGUGGAGUCUGUUGUGCGUAACACCAGCCGGGUGUCCUUAAUACAUGCCUAUGCUGGUCCUGUCGCAACAGACACAAUAUCCCAAGCAUGGAACCUCAUUAUGUUAAAGUAUCAUUGUUGUGGGUUCGAUAACUAUACAGAUUUCACUGGAUCCCAGUUCAGUAACUCCACAGGGCUGUCUUACCCCAAGACCUGCUGUGUGAACCUAAAAGAACCGGCAUGUGAUGGAAAAAAUACUGCAAAUACUAUCAUUCAUGAAAAGGGUUGUUUCCGAACGAUGAUUUCAGUGAUUCAGCAACAAAGCACGAUUAUUGGUUCAACGGCAGCUGGAAUUUGCGUACUAGAGUUCUUUUGCGUAGUUUCAAUUAUAUACAUUACUGAGGUUGUUGGAGCUGUGCUCAUCUUCAUCUAUAAGGAUAUAGUGGAGUCUGUUGUGCGUAACACCAGCCGGGACUCCUUAAUACAUGCCUAUGCUGGUCCUGUCGCAACAGACACAAUAUCCCAAGCAUGGAACCUCAUUAUGUUAAAGUAUCAUUGUUGUGGGUUUGAUAACUAUACAGAUUUCACUGGAUCCCAGUUCAGUACCUCCACAGGGCUGUCUUACCCCAAGACCUGCUGUGUGAACCUAAAAGAACCAGCAUGUGAUGGAAAGAAUAUGAAAACGACUCUCAUUCAUGCAAAGGGUUGUUUCCGAACGAUGAUUUCAGUGAUUCAGCAACAAAGCACGAUUAUUGGUUCGACGGCAGCUGGAAUUUGCGUACUAGAGGUGGGGACUAUGAUCGUGUCCGCGGUCUUGUUUGUAAGAAUUGGACAACCUAGAAAAGAGGACUAAUAGCAGAAGACAUUCCAGGAUGUUUUCUGAAUACUUGCACAGUUUCUUCACCUUUUCCAAAGCAGUUCUUACUGUUUAUUUAGUGAUUUGACCCCCAGUGACCAUUGUGCUGCUUAUGCAGUUUCAAACGAUACAUACAAAAAUGUAAUUGCUUUAAAACAGAUUAUUUUUCCCCUUUUGUAUUCUGUUUAUCGUUGUAGGUCUGUUUUUAAAUAAUACCAAUAAAUCUGGUGGUACCUCUUCAAAUUGCCGACUAAAGAAAUGAAAGAACCCCUCUCUUCUGCACAGCAGAAUGGAUGUUAUUUAUUUGAGACGUCAUUCAUGCAUUGAUUUCCUUUGCAUCUUUUUCAUACAGUAAUUUAUAGAUUCUGUUACAUGAGUGAAUACAAACAUGGUCAUUUUAGCCACCAAAUACAUUUCAAGCACUUUCAAUAUUCAAAUAUUAGUCUCACCACUAAUUUAUAUUAAAAACAAAGGUUUCUAGCUUUUUAAACGGCAGCUUUAACUUUUUAAAUUGUAUGUAUCUGUGUAAGUCUUUGUAAUAUUUGUUAACAAAAUACUUAAUAAACGUUUGUUAUAUAUUGCAUAGCAUUUUACAACUUAUUUUAUGCUGUAAGACUUUUUUUGGAGAAAACAUCUUACUUGGUAAAGCAUGGGAAAUAUCGAUCAAAUAAG